AUGCCGCUUUCCAUUAAGACCUCUGAUACGGCAGCACUGGCCUCAGUCACGACUGACGCUCCCACGGCUGCUCCCCGGAGGGGCCGUCCUCGUCAACAGUAUGAGUGCCAGCACUGCGGCAGACAGUUCAAACGGAGCGAGCAUUGUGUCCGUCACGAGCGCACACACACCCGCGACAAGCCCUAUGUCUGCCGUUACUGUAAGAAGCCGUACGGGAGAAAAGAUUUAGUGACAAGACAUGAGAGGACACUCCACGCCCAUCUUCAUGAGCUGCGCCAACAGCGGCUGCUGGGAAAAGAUUCGAGGGAUGAAAGCCAGCAAGACCCUGACCCCGACAUGAUUGUCUAUCACCCGGAGAACACGCCCGCUUCAUCAAAAUCUCAUGAUCCAACCGUAAGCCUGGGAGAGGUCUUGCCUUCCACUCCUUCCCAAAACCUCCUCACCGAGUCGAGCGAAGCCGGGCUAGCCGCACUUGAUCCCCUUGCCGCCAAUUCGGUCCAGGCUAUACUCAUAUCUCAGACCCCCACGCACAACAACAGUAAAAAUACCCAAAGCUCAUUGCAUCAUCUUUCCGAAUCCUUUGUGCCCAUGUUUGAGUUAAUUGAACCUAUGGAUCACAACCUUCGACAGCCUGAGACGGUAAGCCGGGCAGACGAUGAUCACGGCACUCUCGCGCAGUGUUUCACCACACAACCAGCUAACACAGGUGAAGACAUGCUUGAGGCUACAAAUCCGCUUCCUAAACUAAGACCUCCAAAUUUGGGUGACAAAACUACCAUGGCUAAGGAGUCAAGUCGAAAAUUGGAGUCGCCGUUAAUGCACAGCACUAGUUGCCAAAUGAAUGAGCCACGAAACGAUCAAAGAAUUCAGUCUGACUGGGACGACAUUUCAUACGAAACGUUGCCUAUGUCCCGGGGCCCUUGUAGCCUAGCGUUCCAGCAUUCCUUCUUAGAGACUGACCAGCCGCGAACACGCCAUGGAAGCUUUCCGAGUUCGGUGCACGAUGACCCGGACGUACAUAUCAGCGACGUCAGCACAGUGCUCCAGACAGAGCCCAUCUUAUACUGCCAGCCCAAUUUAUAUGCUGAUUCCUCCAUUUCUGGUCACGCACCCUUGAAUCAGCCGGUAGAGACAAUCUGCAACGGUCCAUCAACAAGCCCAAGAACUGAUGCGCGUGAUAUACCAUACCUAUGGAGAACGAAAAUCCUCUCCUAUACUUGGACGAGGCUAGAUGAUUCGGCUUACGCUGUACUACUUGGUGACCUGGCAGGGAGGCUUAGCGUAUCUGAGGCAGAUAUUGACCUACCCCCAGUAGCGAUCUGCCAGGGAUAUCUUUCUAGCUAUGCUUCUAGUUUCAAUCAUCAUCUACCCAUCGUACAUCUUGCAACAUGGCAUCCCAUCUCUACGCCAAGCCCUCUUACUCUGGCCAUUUGCAGCAUUGGGGCUCUGUGCAGUAAGGAUCAUUCCCGAGCUCGGCGCAUUUAUAAUCUGGCAUUACGUGCUGCAAAAGAUAUAUCCUAUAUCUCAGACGAUGAACGCCAAAGCCCAGCAAGUCAAAGUCAGCAAAGUCCCAGAAAUACUGCUAGGAUGCCACUUUGGUAUAUGCAGACGAAGCUACUCCUGAGUUUCUUCUCUAUCAUGAGCGGCGAUGCUCAACUUGUGUCUGAGACGCUGCAGAGCAACGGGUUUUAUAUCAUCGCGCAUAGAUAUGCUUUGGAUUAUACUUCAACGCAACAAGCCGAGAUGGAUGCCAUGUCCUGGCCAGAAUGGGUCGAGCACGAGGCCUGGCGACGUGCUCUAGGGGCAAGCUUCAUCUUGAGUACGUUAGCGAUGGUGCUAUACGAUGUGAGUCCUGUCAUUGGCAUGGCGAGGGAUUUUCAGAUGCAACCCAUUGCAAACGAAGAUGAAUGGUCAUCCUCGUCACCAGAGGAGUGGCGUAAGCACUGUUCAGGCAACGCCGAAGAGCGGAAGCGACUUGGAAACCGCACCUUGAGAGAUAUCCUCGCCGAUAUCAUGAUGCCGCAGCCCAGGGCUUCUGGAGAAUACAGUGUCUCUUUAUUCUCGGCUUACGUGCUUAUGCAUGCUGUUAUUGUGCAUAUAUGGCAGCGAUUUCAAAUCUCGGAAGCAGUCUGUGAACCGUGGAGGUCUUUCGAUGGUGUAAGUAACGGUGACUCACUCAGUGCAGCACUCUGGAAUAGAACCUUGGAAUCGCUUGCGAGAUGUCGUUUGUUCCUACACAAGGAUCGAGCCAAGCAAUCGAGGACAGAGGCCCAGACUACCGAGCUCUGCCCGCCUUUUGAUCAUAAUGCUAUUCUAUGCAUUGCAUACGCGAGACUAUACCGACCACUGAGUGCGUCAUUGUAUCUCAGUUUUACGGACUCAGUGCAGAGCGACUUGUUUGCUUGUGCCACGCCUUAUGUUAUGGGGAACCUGGAACGAAACCGAAGUCUCUCAGAGGUCACUGCUGAGUGCUUAGACAGUCUGAAGCUUCCACCAGACGUUGGACACCUUUUGGUGGGCAAAAAAACCUCCUUUAAACUAGGUGUUGAACAUGCUAUUGCAGGAUUUGAGUGCGCACUUCUCGUAACGAAAUGGACCCAUCAUGUUGAGAUGGACUUAGUCAGAAAUACUCCCAUCCACCCAAAGGAGCUAAAGCUGUUUAACAACGUCAAGGAACUUCUCGUCGAUGCUGAAUAUGAUCUGACAGAGAGCAUUUCUGUAGCUGCUGGUGUGGCGAGAACAUGGAGCUGGUACCUAAAAGGCGCUUGGUUCUGGGGCAUCACGCCUCGAAUGGGGGAUAUACUUGAACAGCUGGCCAAAACAUUUGAGCAGGUCAGAAAGACUAAUCGUCGUCAAUUGAUGAUUGAAGCCGAGUUUGGUCAAUAA